GGCGGGGCCGGAGCGCCUGGCUGACUAGCCCUGGGCUUGUUUGGCGGGAAGUUGGUUUAGCGCGACUACCUGUGGCGGCGCGGGUGGCCUCGUCGUCGCCUCAUCUCUCCUCAGAGGUUUACCGUUUUUCUCCAUGAUCUCGGCUUAGGGCUUAGUGCUCCUUCGCUCUGAGGACGUGAUGAUUCCCAGGAAGCGCCCAGAAACCCAGAAGACCCCCAAAGUGGUGGUGCGCCCAGGGAGCAGGAGAAGUCCCCUGGAGCCGGAGCCCGCGGCCAAGAAGCCCCGCACGAGGGGCCCCGGUCCUGGCAGGAGAUAUGACUCAGGCUGUGUUCAGGCGGGCCUGGCCAGCCUGCAGGUCCCGAAAGUGGGCAGUAACAUUGUCAGGGUUCUGCACCAGCAUAAGCUGGGUGUGGCUGCCUGGCCGUCACUACAGCAGGGUCUGCAGCAGUCCUUCGUGCACUCCCUGACUGCUUACCGGAUAUCCCAGAAGGCCUCUCCCUUUGACAGGAGGGCCACGGCCCUGGCCUGGCACCCAGCACACCCCAGUACCCUGGCUGUGGCCUCCAAAGGGGGCGACAUUAUGCUCUGGAACUUUGGCGUCAAGGACAAACCCACCUUCAUCAAAGGGAUCGGAGCUGGGGGGAGCAUCAUGGGGCUGAAAUUCAAUCUUCUCAACAGCAAUCAGUUCUACGCUUGCUCCAUGGAGGGAACAACAAGGCUGCAGGACUUUAGAGGCAACACCAUUCGGGUUUUUGCCAGAACUGACUGUUGCAACAUCUGGUUCUGCAGCUUGGAUGUGUCUGCCAGUAGCCGAGUGCUGGUCACAGGGGACAAUGUGGGCCACGUGAUCCUGCUGAACACGGAUGGCAAGGAGCUUUGGAAUCUCAGGAUGCACAAAAAGAAAGCAACCCACGUGGCCCUGAACCCCUGCUGUGACUGGCUGCUGGCCACAGCCUCUGUAGAUCAAACAGUGAAACUCUGGGACCUGCGCCAGGUGAAAGGGAAGGACAGCUUCCUCUAUUCCCUGCCACACAGCCAGCCUGUCAACUCAGCUUGCUUUAGCCCUGAUGGAGCCCGGCUGCUGACCACUGACCAGCGCAACGAGAUCCGGGUUUACUCCGCCUCGCAGUGGGACUCCCCUGUGAGCCUGAUCCCGCACCCACACCGCCACUUCCAGCACCUCACCCCCAUCAAGGUGUAGGUGGCUUCUAGUAAAAGAAGUAAGUCCCCUACCUCCCCAAUUUGGAUUUCCGUGUCCUCAUUUGUAAAAGAGAAUAGUAGUGUCUAACUGCUAGGGUGGUUGUGACAGUGAUCAGUGCACUGAAAGCACUUGCACCAUGCCUAGCACCCGGUAAGUACUCAGUACAUGACAUUUAGCACCUCACAUCAAAUCUAGUAAUAAACAAUACCAAGAACCCAUUACCAGCUGGUGUUCUUGCUGAUCAACCUAUCCUUAUCUCCCCUUUUCAUCCAGCCAGGCUAACUUCCCAUCUGUGAUUUGUUAGUGACCUAUUCCCAAGCCACUGCAUGCACAUCUCUUCCUUCCUGCUGACCAUGUCUUUCGUCCCGUGGGAUCUGUUAGGAAAAUCCCAUCCAGUUCUGUCAUUCCAGUAACUGGCAGAUUGGUGUGUCUGGGGUAAUCUGGGGAAAUGUGAGUUUUCUCUCCCAUUUUAACACUACUGAUUUUAUACUCCACUCUGGGUUAUCUGUGUGGUGUUGCUUCACAACUUAAUGCCACUAGAUUUUGGUUGUAGAGUUUUUGCUCUGCUGAAGAGGGAUCUCUUGGGUUGUGUGUGGGCCAGGCUAAUGUUAAACAUUAUUUGGUGUGAGCUCAGGAAAUGCAAGAGGCCUAGGGGUCCUCAGGGAGGAAGCCAGCUGGGAUUACGAAUUUGCAUCAGGGGAUGACAUACAGUUGAAAACUAUCCUUGUAGUUUCAUGGAGAUCUUAUCUCCAUUAUUAUGUAGUUGGCUUGUUAGUGGCAAAACAUCCUUUUGUUGUUCCUCUUAACAGGGUUCCCUUUUGACCAGCCUCUCUAUCUCCUAGGCAGCGUGGCAUCCUCGGUACAACCUCAUUGUCGUAGGCCGGUACCCGGAUCCUAAUUUCAAAA